UGCUUGCAUGAGUGUGAAUCUGCUUCCACACGUGCAUGUUUGUGUGUGUGUGUGUGUGAAUCUGCUUGCACGUGUGAAUCUGCUUGCACAAGUGUGCAUGUUUGCAAGUGUGUGUGAAGGGACUUUGUCUCUUUUACACGCUGACCACCCUUGCCAACCCUGUCACCCCAAUGCAGCUGUAGCCAAUCGAACGGUGGGGUGUAGCCGUCUGUGUGCGUCUGUGCCGUCCCUCUACCCGGCUGUGAUGUGACUGUCAACCGCCUGGCCUUGUCCUGACACACCCAGGCUGGGGCGCAGCCUGGAUCCUGUUCCCAGCUGACCCUGUGCCAAUUCCAGCAGCUCGCUGUGCCUCGGUUUCCCCUACCCAGGGCCCCACCCAGGACUGUGUGGCCCAGAGGCCAGGGUGACGGAUGCAGCAGAAGCACCCGGAAGGAGGGGCCCUGGGGGGGCCACCCCGGCUGACCCAGCCGUCCCCAUCCCACGUGGUGGAUGAGAAGACCCCGCGGCUCCGCUGCCAGAUGUCGGGGAGCGACAUCGCUACCCACGUCCUGUCCUGGUACCACCAGCCCCCCGGGCAGGGCCCCGUCUUCCUGCUGAGCCACCGGGCCGGGGAGAACAAGCCCGUCUAUGGGGCCGGCGUCUCCGAGCGCUUCAUCGCCGACCUGGAGCGCGCCACCAACACCUUCAGCCUCACUAUCGGCAACGUGAAGCCCACCGACACCGGCACCUUCUACUGCGCCGUCUGGUACGCCAACCAGUACCUCUUCGGAGAGGGCACCCGCCUCGUCCUGGGAGGUGACCCCGGGAAGAAGCGCCCGCCGGAGGUGGCACUGCUGGGCCCGGCGUGGGCGGCCGGCCCGGCUUUCCUGUGUCUGGCCUGGGGCUUCUCCCCGGAGCCGGUCCGGCUGCGCUGGCAGGUGGACGGGCGGGAGCCGGGCCCUGGGGAGGCCUCCCCGCCGGCGGAGGGCCAGGGUGGGGCAGGAGCCGCCAGCAUGCUCAGCCUCCCGCCCCGGGCCUGGCUGGAGGGAGCCCGGGUGACCUGCCGGGUGGAGCACGAGACCCGGGCCCAGCAGAGCAGCGCUGAGCUGAAGGGGGCCGGGCGGCGAGGUUGUUCGGUAUCCGCCGAAGACCCCGUCUCGCCGCCCGACCCUCUCGGCAAUGGGACCGUGGGGAGCGCCGCUCCCCAGAGCACCGGGGCCCCGAGCCUGGGCCGGAUCCUGAUGACAGCCUCGCGCUGCUACCUGGGGUCGCUGGCCGCCAGCUGCCUCUACAGCCUUGGGGUCUCCCUCCUUGUGGGGCUGCGGGGGCUGCGGGAGCAGCAGGAAUCCAAGCGUCGGGGGCCACCCCCACCCCCUCCAGGAGCCCGGCAGAGAGCGCCCCGGAGGAGAGCCGGCGAGGAGCACCGCUUCAAAUGAGACUCCCCGGCCCGCCCCGCUGGCCCCCCCCAGUAUCCCCCACCGGGGACCCGCAACGCCCCUGCACUGGCCCCCCGCAGUCGCCACCCUGGUGUCCCAUGCCGGCUGGAGUGCUGAACCCACUCAGCUCCUGCUAACCCUCCCCCGGCCCCCCCCGAUCUCUGACACCC